AUGACAAAACCUUUAAAUCACAUAAUGGAAGUAAACAGCGUUGGUGCUUCAAAGCCAUCAGAUUGUAAUUUAGAACAUGUACAAGCAAUGUCUGAUGUUAUCAUUCAUAAUAAUUUGUCUAGCAAUGAUCAUCUUUACAAGUCUAUGGUAUUUAAAAUUAAUCACUAUAAAAAACAGUUAAGAUUUUUAUCUGAUAAAUUAAAAAAAAAUGAAACUAAUAAAAGUGCUGAGCUUUUGAAAUCUAUUUUUAACAAUGACCAAAUAGAAGCCUUGUCCAGAAAAUCUACUAAAUUCAUGAAGUGGUCUAAUCCUACUAUUUGCAAAGCUUUAAAGAUAAAAUU